AUGUAUUUUCUUGAGAGAACUAUUGUCCUGUGAGGUAUAUGUAUAUAAAUACUCAGAUAUUUAUGAUUAGGGGAGUGGUUCUUCCUCAGUAUGCCCAGUAAGUCUUCUUUUUUAUCUUCGUCACAUGAAUCCGGGGGCUUCCAUUGUGAACACGCAUUGAAACUCAAGAGUAAGACCCACAUCUCAUCCAAGAGUUUUAUUGCCUCCAAUCCUAUACCUGACUUAAAUGUUAAUAAGAAUAACUCUGUGACUCAAGGUACUAUAACCAAAGAAGUGAAAGCAGGUUUUGAGAAAUUUGCCAGUGGAGUGUCACAGAAUCAGGUGUUAGCAGAUGCUGGCACCCUCCAAAAUCUGUUGAUAAAUCUACCAGCAUCUAGAUGGAGUGAUAAAUGUCAGAAGUCUUUAUAUAAAUGGAGUAAAGCUAAUCAGGCUUCAUCUAUUGAGAAAGAUACUUAUACUUGUCAGUUCAGUAAUAUCCUUUUACUUACAAAUUUUAUUUGUGAAAAGUCAAAGCAAUACAAAACUUUUGAUGAAGAGAAAGAUGCUUUACUGAUUGGAGGAGAUCUCUUAAUAUCAAAGACUCAGGGAUUAUCAUGUGAAAGUAUAGAUAAAACAUUUAAUAUUGGAAAUGAGAGUGAUGGAAGGAGUUUAACCACUUCUACAACAACCGAUAACGGCCUGACAAUAAAGAAAAUUGAAUAUAAGUGUGAAGUUUUGCAGAAGCACAGCAAGGAGUGUGGGUGUCGGACUCCACGCCUCCACGUGUACUUGACCAAGAACCAUCGCUGCAGUGAUCCUUGUGUUAUCAACAGCUUUGCUAUCAACUCUUUCAACGGCUCAUCCAACACUCUUGCUCACAGCUCCACUGACUGCACAGUCAAUAUUUUCUCCCCUACAGUCAUGACAGGAAAAUCUAGAGCUAAAAACUAUGCACGAAAAUCUGUCAGUACAAGGAAAAUAUCUAACAAGAAAGUGACACAAGCAGGAAAACCGGCAGGAGAGAAUAAUGCCCUACAAGAAAAAAAUUCACUUAAGAUAUUGAACUCUAUGAUAGACAGCUGCCAAGAUGAUGAACCAGAGUCUGAGCUUCUUGGGGACGGAGAAUGUGUCUCUUUGCCUACCAUUAUGAGUACGCUUUCUGGAGAUGUUGAAUAUAUUGUACUAGAUGAUAAUACUCUUAACCUUUGUGCUAAUGCUGAGGAAGUAGUUUCUCCUGAUGCUCUCAAAUUUAAAAUUAAUAACAUAUAUGAAGAUAUUGAUGAAAAACCUGCUAUACAUAACACUGAUGGUAAAAUACCAAACAAAAAGGAAUCUAGAUGUCGACGACUUUCAGAUUCAAGUAACCAGUUAAUGGGAACUCGAGGCUUCAGUCGUGUUGUAGAUGCUGAGAAAACAAAUGAUGAACAAUCUGCAGGUAAUUCAAAUGAUACAGCAUCUUCCAGCCUUGCUGGGGUCUGCACUAACCGUUAUCCCUCAAUCAAGGAUAUCUUUGGUGAUGUGAGCAUUAAGGAAGAGCCAAUAGAGGACAUUAAACAUGAUAUGACAGUUGAAGACUUCAGUAAGGAAAUCAAUAAACUCUCAGAUGUAGGCUUUGACCUAAAGAGUGAAACUGAGGUAAAAAAAAAAGAAACUGAGGCUGAUGAAUAUGAUGAGGGCACACACAAAGGACUCUUUGCAAGGCUUAUUAAAGAAGAGGUUACUACAGGAGAUGAAAUUGACAUUGAUACACACAGUUCAGAUGACUCCCUUGGUCCUCUGCAGAUAGAUGAAGAUAGAUUCUUGCCAUCCCUUGAAGACACAAACUUGCCAGUAAUAAAAGAAGUUGCUGAAUUCAGCAUGCCAAGUGUCAACAUAAUAAGUCCAUUUAAAAUCAAGAUCCUCUUAGGAAGUCCCAAUAGAGAAUCCUUCCACAUUCAAACAGGUCAGUCACAAAGUGGAAUACCCAUGACCAGUGAUCUCCUUAAGAAGGCCAGUAAAAUAAAGAAAAAUGGAACAACAACACCCAGAAAGUACAAAAGGGGUCCAAAGAAGGAAGUGAAUAAGGAUCCUGAAAUUGACAUGGCACUUGCAAAACUUACAGCAACCACUACACCUCAUGCAAUUCAGAGUUUAACGUGCAUUUAUUGCAACACUGAGUGCCCAAAUGGCGAGGCAUUAGCCAAGCAUUUUGAAAAUCAUCAAAAAGAAGGCCUUAUAAUAUGUUAUUUUUGUCAAAAAAGUUUUGGAGACAAAACAGGCAUGAAACGACAUAUGCGAACACAUACAGGUGAAAAACCAUACCAGUGUAAAGUUUGUGGAAAGAGAUUCAGCCUUCCUGGCAACUUUAAGAAACAUCGAGAUAUACAUGAAGAUCGGCGAACAGAGCCAUGUAAUUUAUGUGGGAAAACAUUCCGACGUAAAGAGCAUCUUAAAUAUCACAUGCGAACACACACAGGUGAAAAGCCUUAUACAUGUAGCGAGUGUGGCACAUCCUUCACUGCCAGAUACUCCCUUCAGAUCCACAUGAAUAUUCAUUUGGGUAAAAAGCCUUAUAAAUGUACAUAUUGUAAUAAAGCUUUCUCUGACAAAUCCACUAUGAGGAAACAUGUUAGAGUGCACACAGGAGAGAAACCCUUUCGCUGUCAGGAGUGUAGACGUUGUUUUGGUGAGUCUGGUACAUUAGCAGCCCAUAUGGCAACACACCGUACUGAUCGGCCUUACAAGUGCAAUAAGUGUGAACUUCGUUUUAAAACCACUGGAGGGUUAAGGCAACAUGAGAAGGUACACUCUGGUGAAAAGCAAUUUGCUUGCAGGUUUUGUGGUAUGAGGUUUCUUCAAAAGUACAAUAUGACAAUGCAUGAGAGAAUUCAUACUGGAGAAAAACCAUAUACUUGCUCUCACUGUCAACGUAGUUUCCGGAGUCGAUCAUGUUUAGCUAAACACGUUGUGUUACAUGGGGGUGAUGAUGAACGGCGUUUCCGGUGUGAACAUUGCAGCAGCCGUUUCUAUCGUAAAGCUCACCUCAGGCGCCACAUUGACAUGCAUUUGGGGAUAAAAAAUUAUGAAUGCAAUGCUUGUUCUAAGAAAUUUUGUACUCGAGGGACACUCAAAAGCCAUCUUAAGACUUUUCACAGCCAAGGAGCAAGGAGGUUCCCAUGUAAUUGGUGUGGUCGAGUGUUCAAGCGGAAAGUAUAUGUAAGCACUCAUGUGUGUGCCAAGAACCCAAUCAAGAGUGAGGCUGGAGAGCAGGAUACUGACACCCUUCCUCCAGUGAACAAACAUGAGGAGGCUUUCUUGGAUCAAAACAAUUCCAGUGACUCGGAGGUUUCCAGUAUUGAAGUGAAGAGUGAACCUGAAGAUGAACAAAUAGAAGGUGUUGAUGAAGAGGAUGAAGAUGAUGAUGAUAAUGAUGAUGAAGAGGAUGAGGAUGAAGAGUUUAUGGAGAUAGUAGAAGAGGGUUUGACUAAUGGGAGGACAGACUGCCAAAAUCCAUCAUGAAUUAACACCUUUAAAGUACAGUAUUAGUGUGACUGGCAACUAAUAAUUCACAAGUGUUACUCUUCAGGUCUAAUUUCUUUGUUCUCCAAUUUAAAGCCAAAUUUUCUCAGCAACAAUAAAGUAAGAAGAAAAGUGUGCAUUGCUGUUACUCUGCAAAUCCAUUCAAGUAGCUUCUUAAGUUUCAUGUCUAACUCUGCUCCUUAUAAAAGACUUUAUAAGUCCUGGAGUGUAAUAAGAUGUAGUGUAUUCUUGAUGCAAGUGGAUUUUAUUUUUGCCACUAUCAGACUUUAGCCACCUGAUUGUACUUAAGUAUCCUUGUACUUUAGAAGUUAUUGUCAAGUAAUGCCAAACUUUUCACAGUACUGUAGUAAUCAUAUGCCUCUCCUGAAUGGUAUUAGGAUACAAGUUAAGGAUAUGUGCAUUCAUCAAAUACAGUAGUUUAUAUUUCUCUAUGAAUUAGAUUACAUCUUGAGCUGCUAAGGGUAAGUCACAUGUUUGACUUAAAAGUAACUGAAAAUUUAUGGGAAUCUUUCUGUACUGUAACUAUAGUUAGCAUGUGAGAUAAUUACAACUUGUUGCUCUUGGUGCACGAUAAGUCUUGUCAUGUUGUACGGUGUCCAUAAUUCUGUUUAUAGUGGUGCAGUUCUGGGUCUGCUUAAAUGGCUACCAUUAACAGUGGAAGUAUGCUGUAGGGAUGGCAGCCAUCAUCAGUGGACAUUUCAUGUUCCUUGCAUGCCAUUUUUGUGCAUACGUAUAUGGGUGUAACAGGGAAUCCAUAGAGUUAAUGUAAUACUACGAGAAAAUAUUGAAAAUAAGUAUGAUGUACAGUUUUUAAUAGCAUAUGUGAAGCUACAUAUUCUCAGAUAUUGUUUGAAUUAUGAGUUUGCUCAUUUGAUGAAUAAUUUUCUUUAUUAGAAUGAUGUGAAAACCCGGGUAAGAUAAUUAAUUUUAUUAGUGGCACUUGUACAUUAAGUACAAUUGGAGACUGACAUUUCAUGCAAUAGUGCUGCUGUGUGAUGCCCUUAUACAGAUAUGUGCAAACUGAAUCAAUACUUUUCAUAACAUGUAAUGAAAUAAUAACUAUAUCUUUACUUUUAGUAUACAGCAUGCCCUUCAAAUUUGUGGAUGAGACCCUGGAUGUACCCAAGAAUGUCUGUGGGUAUUUUUAAAGUUGCUGGCAUUUUUACGGCCAGGACAGGGAGCCAUUCACU